AUGGAGCCGGCGACGGAUCGCGACAUGGAAACUGCGCAGGAGACACGUUCGAGCAAUGGCGAAACCGACCGGGGCGAUGAAGCAGGCCACCAGGCACUGAACGGGCACUCAAAGCCCAACGACAGCCAGGCGCCUGUCAUUAUCGUUGGGGCCGGCCCUGUCGGCCUCCUGUUGGCCCUUCGUCUAGCUCAGAAGAACAUCGGUUCAAUCGUCCUGGACAAAGACUCGGCACCCAGCCAAUUGCCCCGCGCCAUUGGAUACUAUGGACCGGUCCACGACGUCUUCCAGGAGAUGGGACUCUAUGAUCAAAUUGCCGACGAAGGGAUGCCGUCUGGCGGAUAUGUCUGGCGAAAAGCACCAGUCGAUGUCCUGGACGAGAACGGGUCGGUGGUUGGCAAAGAACUGGGCCCUAUUCUGGGAGAAAACAUGAUGAGCCAACCGGGACCAGAGGGCAAAUACAAGCUGGGACACUACUCGAUUCAAUUGCCCCAAUGCCGCCUCGCGGAAAUAUUCUUGCAAGAGGCAGCUAAGACAGGUCUGGUCAAGGUGCUCUGGGACCAUAAAGUUGCCGCGGUCGCUCAAAGCGAGAGCGACGUGUCUGUUACCGUCGCAACAAACGAGGGACUGGCGACGUUUACCGGCCAGUAUCUCGCUGCAUGCGACGGCGGCAAGUCGACGAUACGCAAGCUGCUGGGCAUUCGACUUGUUGGCCAUUCCUGGCCUGAGCGUUUUCUAGCAACGGACAUCCUCCGCACAGCGCCAGUCAUCCCCAAGGUCCCGGUCCACUUCACUGUGGACGAGAAGUUUUGGGGCGUAGCGACCCCGCUGGAGCGCGUGGAGGCCGGCAAGAGGGGCUUGUGGAGAUACAGCCUGGCCGUGCCAGCGAAGCCAACCGACGAUCCGGAUUGUGUGCCAUUGACCGACGAGCAAGUUUUGGAACCAGAAUACGUAGAUUCGCUUCUUUUACGACAGGUUGAUGGCCCCAGGCCGAGCGAUCACGUGGUUGUGCGAAAGAGCUUGUACAAGAUGCACCAGCUGCUCGCAACGACGAUGCAUCGCGGGCGGUGCUUCCUCGCCGGCGACGCCGCCCACAUCAACAACCCGAUCGGUGGCUUGGGUCUCUGCACCGGGCUGCUUGAUGCAGACGCACUCUCUCAGACGCUGGAGAUUGCCGUGUCCGCGAAAGCAGCUGAAGAUCGCAGCAGUGCGGCUCCAGACGCCUUGCAACAGUUGUUCACUCGCUACUCAACUGAGCGCCGCUGGGUCUUUCAGAACAUCAUUCACCCGUUCAGCAGUGCGAACAAGACACGACUACAUGGUGGGAAUCCGGACGAAGUUGCUCGGGAAGACUGGUAUUUUGUGGCGUUGGCGCGUGGAAACAAGCAAGAGCUCCAAGCCAUCCACCGUCCCCUCUACGCGUCCUGGAGGACAAACAUGUGGCAAUUCUGGCAAACAUCAUCGGCUGAUUAG